GAUAAACGUGUCCAUAUCACGUCCGGAGGUCUGUGUGGGAUCAGCUGGGUGGCCAGUCUCGCCCCGCGGUACAUGUGACUGUGCGUACUGUCUCCACCUCCGCUCUAAAACUGGAUUUAACGCCUUAACGCCAGGAUGGCUGGACCUGUGCCAUUGAAUAUUGAAAAGGACAGGUGGUGCCAAGAGAGGCUGGAUUUUGUUUGUGCUGUUGUUAAUGAUGUAGACAGAGAGAGCUUAAAGGCUCAGCUGGAGAUCUGUGAGACAGAUGAAGAUGCUGAGGGCUUGAUGCAAAGUCUCCUGUGGUUACAGGAUCAUAAUGAUGCUCAACUGCUUGUACAUCAAAACGACCAGGAACCGCAACAUCAAGAAAACCCCAAUAAUCAUGAGCAACUACUUCAGUAUAAUGCAGAGGAAUAUCCACAGGCCCACCAUGACCCAAGGGAGCAUCCCCAGGCACAAGUUGAUCCUGCAUGGCAUCUCCAACUCCAAAAUGAUCCAGGAAUGUGUCUUCAGGCCCAAAUGAGAGAGAACAUGCAAGAUACAGAACCUCUGGAUGAAGAUCACUCAUCAAACUCAGAUGAUUCUGAAGAGUAUCAUCUAGAACAAAAUGCUCAGAUUUGGCAUCAGCCAAUGUCAGUUGUUCCAAGAUUGCAUAUACAGACUCAAAUUAAUGAUGAGCAGGACCAAACUAUGAACAUUGAAAAUCAGGCAGCUGAAGCAAUGCGUUUAAAUGUUGCAACUGGCAUAGCUGGAAUGUCAGGUGAUGAGUUGAUAGCACGGUUGCUCGCAGACGAGGCUAACAUCACAGAGUCUGAGGACACUUCUGCUGAUGAACAGUUGGCACGGGAGCUGUCCGAAGAGGCAAUGGAACAUGAGGAAACAGAAGAAGACAGAGUAGCAGCACACCUGGCUGCUCUAGUCAACAUGUUCCCUGAUGCAGAACCUAACUACCUGGAGGAGAGGUGCACAACAAUCAAAGGGGUAGAAGAGGAAUUUGAGAAGUUGGUGGAGGAGUUGCUGGAGAAGAAGUCCAGCGAACCCAGGAUGUCUGGGUACCUCAAGCAGCAGAGACAAGCCAUCUUUACUCCAAGGCCCUCCACUUCAACCAACAUGGAGAUACCAGAGCCACUUCUAGACCCUGCGCAGGACAUAACAGCCAAUGAACUCCACGAGUGCAGCAUAUGCUAUGAAGAGCAAGUUUUAGAGAAGAAUAUGGCUACCUGUAAUGCCUAUUACAACUUCCACAAAUUCUGCAUUGACUGUAUUAGGAAACAUGUCGCAGCCCAGAUAGGCCUGGGACAUUCCAGUUUUAGGUGCAUGAAUGGUUAUUGUGAGUCGGAGUUCUCAUGGAGGACUCUGCAGAGAGUAAUGGAGCCUGUGGUCUUCGAAAAGAUUCAAGAAAGGAAGCAGCAAGAUGAAAUACGUGCAGCUGGCAUUGACAACCUCGAGUCGUGUCCAUUCUGUAACUUCAUGAUCAUCAUGCCAAACCAGGAGAACAAAGUGCUCGAGUGCCUCAAUCCAGAGUGCCUGAAGGAGUCCUGCAGAUUGUGUAAAGAUGUAUCCCACAUCCCAUACCGGUGUAGUGAGAUUGAAAAAGAGGACCAGAAGGAUGCUCGUACAGUCCUGGAGAAUCGCAUGGCAGAAGCUAUGAUCAGGGAAUGUCCGAAAUGCAUGAAGAGGUUCAUCAUUGAGGCUGGGUGUAAUCGGAUGGUAUGUCCUUGUGGAUCCGUUAUGUGUUAUCUAUGCAAAACUAUACUCGGAAAUGAUUACAAUCACUUUGAACAAAGACAAGUGGCUUCUAACAAGUGUCCCCUCUGGAGCAACCCUACAGAGCUGCAUACUACCGAAGUUCGCGAGGCAGCAGUUAAAGCCAAGCUGGAGAUGAACCCCAGCAUUACACUCCUGCAUGACCCCACUGCUGACAUUGUGUAAUGUUUGACCUCGCCUUUGCUCAUGCCUUCUGUUAGCUCUCUCUCUCUCUCCUACUCUUUGUUUACAUGACUUGAUAUAUUGAUCCAGAAUGAACCAAAAUGUUGUCACUUUCCUUUCUUGUCAUAUGUGUGGGUAGGGUGUCUAGUAUUCAGCCAGGUUACAGGUAUUGUGACUUAUUCUCUGCAUUAUGUAGAACUCUUUGUAAUCUCAUCAUUGACCAUGAAAAUGAUUAAUGACUAUAUAAUGAUUUGAGAGGUACAGUUCGCUCUCCCAAAGUAUAGAUGUCGAGUCAUUAAAUUAAAACUACUUUAAUUAACCUAUCUGUGCUCACAAUCUAUGGAGAUAGUGCAAAUCUGUAGAUGAGGGUAACUGGCUGUGCCAGGGUUUCACCCCCCCCCCCUUUCCCUUCUUCCCAUAUCUUGCACUCCCCCUCUCACGGAAACUAGUAUUACUAAUAGGUGAAAACCUUACAAAAUCAAAUCCCCUUUUUCAAAUCUUAUAAAAUAUAGGAACUGAUAUUUCUUAAAAGGGGGAUACUGGGGCUGACCCCCCCCCCCCCCCCCCCCACCCCAUCAGCCUAUGACACUUCCAUACCAUCCAUGUAUCAUCUUGACAAGUUGGGUGAGGCUCUAGCUGGCUUCCAACCUUGGACAGACAAGAAGACAGACAUCCUUAAUUAUAGAUACAGAUUAAGUGCAAGGUGCUGCUUAGGACAAGUUGUUUUUCUAUUUUUAUACAGCUCUCUAGCUUAUGAUUACAGUACAUUGCCUAAUCUGUAAAGGAAUGUUAUAUUAUCCUCAUGAGUAGCUAAAUUUGUGUAUUGUCAUCUAUAAUGAUUCACAAGGUAAUUUUAAUAUCGAUUACAGUAAGACAAUAAUUUUAUCGGUAUAAAAUGUUUAGUUUUUCUUAUGAUCAGAAACUAAGACUUUCUAAUAAAGCAUAUUUUUAUUUGAAAACAUGUCAAUGAAAAUUUAAACUCUAGCAAUUCAUGUGAACAUUCCAAGUGAUAACAAAAGUGCAAGUCAUCAAAUUUAGCUCAAUGUGAUCUUGGUCAACCUAUAUCAACAGCAACCUUGUGUAUAUUAUAUAUAUAUAUAUAUAUAUAUAUAUAUAUAUAUAUAUAUAUAUAUAUAUAUAUAUAUAUAUAUAUAUAUAUAUAUAUAUAUAUAUAUAUAUACACUGGUGUAUAUAUAUAGAUAAUAUAUAUUAUUUCAUUCACUUGAGUAUUACAAGCCUUGAACACUUGAAUACUUUACCUCCAGCAUGGGAGAUGAGUGCUCUUUCGUUGUCUCCUUGUGGUGCAUCUGAAAUCCUUCUUUAUUGUGGCUAGCUCACAGCUCAGUUGAUGGAGCACUCAUCUCCAUUCCUUUCCCCCGUCCAAUCCCAAAUCCUUGUCCUAUUUCUUUCAAAGUGCUAUAUAGUUCUAAUAACUUGGCACUUUUCCCUGAUAAUUCCCCCUUCCCAUGCUGGAGGUCGUGUGUUCGAGGCUCCUAGUGCUCCGGUGAAUGAAAUUACACACACACACACACACACAUAAAGAAAUUGACAUUCCUUUAACAUUCUGUAGGAUUUUCCAUCCAAUUAAUAUACUGUACUGUAUUUUUAGAAAGUUUGGCUAGAAAAAUUGCAGUAAUUUUUAUCACCUAAAAUUGUAUCUGAUUUUUUUUUUUAUCAAGACCUGUUUGCAAUACAGGUAUUAUAUACAAAAUGGGCCAAAGAAGGGUUAAACUUCAUGAAUGUGUGACUAUAAAUAUACUUAGCAGCAUUUUAGAAAGGAUUAUGUGCCGUGUGCUCCCUGCAUGACACGUGAAUAUUUAUGUACAGUAUAUUAUGUAUAUAUAGUUAUGGCAGGUUUAUGUAGUAAAUAUAUAUACAUGUCAGAGCAUGAAGGAAGGAUUAAGACAGGAAUUUCUUCAAGUACUGUAUUUGCAUAUUUAAUAAUACUUCUUCAGAAAGAUGCAUCCUUCUGAAAGUGUAUUAUUAAAUACGAAAGUACUGUAUAAUACUUAAGGAAAUUCCUGUCUUAAAAUCCUUCCUUCGUGCUCUGAGACAGUGUCAUAUAUAUAUUACAUAAAAUUGUACAUCCAUCAUGUGUUUAUUCAUGUCUCUAUACUGAAUAACUCGGUAAGCUGUGAUCUCUUUCCUGAAGGAUAACAUUUUAUCUGAAUUUUUUUUGUUAUUGCUACAUUCAUUACUAUAGUAAAAUGUUAUCUUAUUAUGGUACAGUGUUCAAUUAUUUUCACUAUUUUAUAGCAAUCUCCAUUAAUUUAAGUUUAACUGUUUAUUAUCAAUAUUUACUACUGUGUCACCAAUACCGUAUCACCGUGAUCAUUAUCGUGUGGCCUUGAUCAUUAUUAUGUCACCGUAACCAUCACUGUAUCACCAUAUUUCUAUAAUUUGUGCUUCAGUAUUGGUUAAUUAAUGUUAAUAAACUUACCUGUUCAUCUAGACUGUCUUCAAAGACUGUCUAGACUGUCGUUUAUCAUUGUUCAUCCAAAUCACUUUUGUUCUUCCAGUUUAUUUUAGUGCAUAUCACCCAUUUGAUAUAUUUACUGAUUUUAUGUAUUGCAUAAUUCAUUUUCAAGAUUAUCCGAUUGUAUAAGUAGCUCACUAAAAUUAAAAUACAACCAUACUGUGCCUUAAAAAUGGAACCAAUUUUGUUUUAAAUAAAAAUCCAUUUUUUUAUCA